CCGCCGCCUGCACCGCGCUUUCGUCUGAUCUUCUUCGUGUACAGUGGUUGUUCAUCGUUUUCGGAUUCAUGGCUGCCGUCCGCGCUUGAUAUAUUACUUACUCCACGCGUCAAUCGCCUUCCCGAAAGCCCGCAUCGAGUCCGCAGCUCCGAGCCACCGCCGCCAUGCCUUCACAUCUGACCCGCGUCGUCUUUCGCAGCAUCAUCGCCAAUGAGCCCCUUCUGUACCGAGGAUGUCGACAGCGAGGUUUGCGACCGUCCGUCAUAACCCACCAUGGCGCUCGAGCGCUUCCGCAGUCGCAGCGAAGGGCCUUUUUCGGUGGCUUGUUCAAGUCGCAGCGCAAGAUCAAGAAGAUGGAUAUCCCCGCUGGUCUUGAGACGAUGAGCGAACUUGCGCACGCCCAGCAGACGUCAGCAAGACCGCCGAAUGCCAAGGACCUCGCCGAGGCCUUCAAGAGUUUCUUCGUAUCCAAGAAGGGGCCAUUUGAGGACUUUCACAUCGGGCUGGCACAUAACACCUUUCAACAUCUCGUGGAAAACCCCAAAGAGAGUGGAGAAGAUUGGCUCACAAGCAACGAGCUCCUGGCUCUUGUUAACGAACUCAUAAACUAUCGACGACGUCCGGAAACUGGAGGAAAGCCACACGUUCAAUUUGGUUCAGCCUUGAUCGACCAGAUCGCGAAGAUGGAAGACAGAGAGGUUACGACUGGUGUAACAGAGACGACAUCCAAAUCUGUGAAGAUGACGAAAGAGGAAGAGUACGAUUUGAUCAUCAGGCCAAAGCUUGUAGAGUUGCUGUCUUUGUAUGGUGCGACAUCUAAGGCGAGAGAGAUUGCCACCAAGUACUACAACGACUACUCCAAUACACCAGAGACAAAGAAGAGAAAGGUCACCCGCGAUGUCUGGAACCGAGUCCUUGUUGGAGCCGCACGCGAGAACAACAGUGAUGAGAUGGCAAAAACGACAGAAAUGUUUAACAAGAGUUCGGUGCCACUCACGGAACUCACGCAGUCUAUACUUGUGUCCUUCUUUUCUGGCCGGCAACAGCUAAAUAUUGCGAAGUUCUGGUACUCGCGGCCCGUGGUUGCGCAAAGUGCGCAAAAUGACAAGGUCGCAAGUGUCCACAGGAACACUUAUACUGCUCUACUCAAGGCAUGUGCGCUUGGUGGCGACUUGACGUUCGGCCAAGAAGUAGUCGCUGGUCUGACAAAAGGAAAGGUGCCUGACAAGAAAGGGUGGGACGCUAUCUUCCUCUGGUCAGCAGCUCUAGGAAAGGGUGUAGACGAAAUCGAGCGGAUGAUGAACGUGAUGAUACGCCGUACCGAGGAAGCACAGGCCCCCGUAUAUCCAGACGUUGAUACCAUCAACCUCCUAGUCGAAUUCGCCAUGUCAAGGCAGGAUCCAUACUCUGCUGAGCGCUACAUCGCUAUGGGAGAAAAGCGAGGAAUUCUGCCCAAUGAGCAGACCUACACCAUGCAGAUGCAGUAUCGCCUAUCUGUUAAGGACAUCGAUGGAGCAAGGGCAGCAUACUACAACCUGCAAGGCGACUUCAAGGGCUCAGAGGCUAGCGUCGCAGCUGUCAACGAGCUUAUCCAGGUCUUGUGCGAGUCGAAACAACACCAUUAUGAUGACGUUAUGGCAAUCGUGGACGACCUGCAUGAGCGGAAAGCGCGCUUUGCCCCAGAAACUGUCGCGAAACUCUGCAUUCUGCACCUCCGCCGUGUCGAGAUACACGAUGCCAUGGACCUACUCCAAGUACAUGCUUAUCAGUACUCCCCAGCUCAACGAGCAGUCAUUAGCAAGAGCCUUUGCGCAUUCAUACUGGACGGAGAGAAUAGUACAGCAGAUGCCUGGGAUGCUUAUCAGAUAUUGCGUAACACCUUUCCCGAAACAUCUCGCGAAGACCGCAUACAGCUCAUGAACGAAUUCUUCGCGCGCAACCGCUCAGAUAUGGCUUGCCACGUCUUUUUUCAUAUGCGCAACCACACUGCGGAAUCUCACCAGGCCAAUCGCGACGUUUACAUUGCUGCGUUCACUGGUUUCGCUCGAUGUACCGAUGCCGAGUCUUUAGAACUUGUCAACAAUCAACUGAAGCUCGAGUUCAGGAUUGAAAUGAACACAAAGCUACGCAACGCCCUGAUGCUUGCUCAUGCGGCAUGCGGAAACAACAAGAAAGCGCUCGAGUUCUGGAGGGAGAUCUGCGAGUCCAAGGAAGGACCUUCAUACAACAGCAUCGCUAUCGCAUUUCGCUCGUGUGAAGGUAUGCCAUGGGGCGAUCAGCACGCUAAGUCGAUCUGGGCACGACUGAAGGAGCAGGACAUCGAAAUCGACAAGAAGAUCUUUACCGCUUACCUGUCCGCUAUUGCACGCAACUUCUUGCACGACGAGGCGCUGGCGCUCGUCGAGACCGUUGAGGAGGAGUAUGGUUUCACGCCAGAUUUCUACAUUCUCAGUAACUGGUACAAUACGACGACCAAUAUCGAGAAGCAAGGAAAGGUUGAGGCCUGGAUCAAGGAGCUAUACCCCGACGUGUGGAAAGAGAUGGAGGCUCUGGGCCACUGGGUCACUAUGGACGGAUUUGGCUACAAGCAGUACAACAUCAACCGCGACCUCGACCCGUAAGAUAGCUGUAUAAUAUGUACGACAUGUUGUAGGAAGUAAGGAAAAGAUGAGACAACAGCAAAAUGCUAUUACCUUCAAUGAG